UUAUAUUUGUUUGACCAAGAGAAGAAUAAGUAGAUAGUGGUUCAUAAAAUGUUAACAACUUUGAAUGUAGUAAAGGGUGCGUCCGUGCCAAUAAAGUCUCUAUAUGUAAAGGAUCCUGGCCAGGGAAAGUACAUACUAGUUGAGAUUCACCUUUUAUCUGCGAUCAUUUUUCACUUAUUUGUAUAUUUAAAUGGAGGCGUUGUGACCGUUCACACCGCCUAUUUAUGUAUGUUCAUUUAUGUUAACUAUCUAUUCAGUAGCUCAUCGUCUAAUCCAUUUCUUUGUAAAUAUAUAUAAGGCUGUUGCUCAUCGUGCAAGUUUACUUGAAUCAGCAUCUUCUCAACAGCAACGCUUAUCCGAAUUAGAUUCUCGCCUUACACUUGCACAAACUGAAGUUGAUUCUCAUAAAACGGCUAUUAAUGAAAUGCGUGGUAAACGUGAUGCAUAUGAGCGUGAUAUAAGAGAGAUGACUGAACAAAUGGAAGCUGCAAAAGCUGAACUUGCGCACUGGCAGAGAGAAAAAGAACAACUAAGUUUGCGUAUGACUGCGGGAGUCGAUAUGAAUCCUGUAAUGGAACAGUACAAAACAUUACAAUCAAUGCGGGAAGCACGUAUUAAAACAAUCGAGCAACUACGGAAUAAAUUAAAUGAAUUAGAUCAAAAUAUGACCCAACAAGGUCAUGAAUUAGCUACUAGACGCAAUAAAAUCGAUGAUUCACAACGGCGAGUUACCCGAACAAUGCUUGAUUUAGUUGAUUUACGUCACUCUGUUGAACAAAAGAUGCAAACAUAUAAAUUGAGAAGGAAGACUUCUGACUUGUCUACAUCUACUUCAACUGGUACAACAGGUACACAAAACGAAUUGUAUGAAGCUAUGUUCGAUUUUACCGCUAGACAUCCUGAUGAGUUAUCAUUCAAAGCUGGAGCCUUAAUUGAUGUUUUUCUAAAUGCACCUAUCAAUGUUGGUCCAGGUUGGUUGUAUGGUCAGAUAAAUGAUAAAGUUGGUUUAUUUCCGGAAUCCAACUCUAUUUCGUUUACAGCUUUAGAAGCAUCUACCGCAAAUAAUACUCUUUUUACUACAACCAAUGUAACUAAUGCUUUCGGUAGAUCAACUGACCCUGUAGAUAAUCGAGUCAAAAAUGAGCCAAUGAGGAAACAGGAUAAUGUUUCUGCUAAUGAAAUUUGGUGUGAAGUACAAGAUAAUUGGGAUGCCUCAUUGAGCAUACUAGCGUUACCUGCGGAUGUGCAAUCAGAUGAUCAACUAUUAAACGUGCAAAUUGAAGACCGAGUAAAGAUUAUCAAAGAAAGUGGAAACAAAGAGUGGCUAUAUAGUGAGAUUGUCGAAAAAUCGGGUAUUAUUAAAAAAGGUUGGCUUCCAGUUUCGUGUUUGAAGCCGUAUACGAACCUCGACACUUCCGAAUUGAAAAAACGGGUCAGUCUCUUUUGUCAUUGA